UACCUCCAGUUGCAAAAUGACCAGUCUGGAUGGACAUCGCUCACCCAGAAUCCAUCACCAUGUAUCGAUCCGCGGCCUACCACCGCUAGCUGUCACUCCGAGUAACGAGUAAGUCCGGGGCGCUCGUUCAACACGAGCCUAGCGAGCAGGAAUAGGCAACAAUAUGUGUACUGCCUCGUAGCGCAUUACCUCCUCUGCUUUCUAUACACAAAGAAGGAAAAGUGUAAUUUUAUCAAUACAUAUCCCGCUGCUUGAGGAGUGCGUUUGUGUGAAAGGAAAUGUCUUACAGACGUUUUCAUAGCAACUUGCAACAAAUGGAUAAAGUUUGUGGUGAGCACUACUGGGGUUCAGGUUUUGUCGGUAAUCUUGGAUAACUUCCAGGUGUUGGUUGUAGGAACCCGAAAACGCCAUAGGAAAGGGGGUUUCUUUACCUGUUUCAGCAUCUAAGGUGAUGGUCCCACCGAUUCGAUGAGGAAAGAUUGGGGUUAGCUGACAGGACAUGGAGUCCACUUCUGAUUACACUUCAGUCACAUUUCCUACGGAUUACUUUUUUGACCAGCUAGGGGAUUGGGACUGGAACGGUUCUUGGAACGGUUCCUGGAACGGUUCAGAUUUGGGAGAGGAUCUUGCUCGGGACCUCUGGACCGAGAUUCCGUUAGGCACUGUCUUGACUAUUCUGUGUCUUCUUACAAUAGUUGGAAACGCCAUGGUACUACAUGCAGUCAGGACAGAGAAGAGACUCCAGACGGUAAGCAACAUGUUCAUCGUCAGUUUGGCCAUAGCAGAUCUGAUCGUCGGCCUCAGCGUCAUGCCCAUCUCCACCGUCUACAUCUUCACCACCGACUGGCUCUUUGGCGUUGCCGUCUGUCAGAUCUGGAUCGGCAUCGACUACAUCGCCUCCACCGCCUCCAUCCUCAACCUCUUCAUCCUUAGCCUGGACCGCUACUGGUCCGUCACCGCUCCUCUGCUGUACCUCAGGAAACGCACCAAAAAGAGAGCGCUCAUCAUGAUAUCUUGCGUGUGGACAGCGUCAUGCUUGUGGAUUAUUCCAAUCAUAGGGUGGCACCAUAUUGCUCACGGGGGUGUACGGACUGUGGAGCACGAUGUUUGUGAUACCGAAUAUGCUCGUGAUUCUGUUUUUAAAAUAGUGACUGCGUUUUUCAAUUUUUACUUACCGCUAGCUGUGAUGUAUUCAUUAUAUUGGAAAAUAUUCCAAGAAAUUCGCAAACGUUCGGAAUUUGAGUUAGGACAGAGGAAUUGUGGGGGAGUUCCGACUUACAUCACUGGGCCUCAGCCGUCGCACUCCGGGGAUGAAAGUGAACAUCGGGAUGACACAUUUGCGGAUGACAAUACCCAUUCUAUACAAGAAGAUCCUGUCAUUGCAUCGCGGACUAUUCAGAACGCCCACUUUAACGGGAGGAGUGUUUCCACAAAGAGUCGAGACGGUUAUAAAAACCUUCGUCUUGUUGCCGUUAAAAGACAGAUGAGCGCAAGGGAGGCUCGAUCGCCAGCCGCUUAUAGAGUGGAAUAUAUAUAUGAUGAAAGCGUUGUAGAUCCUCAAACGGAGAGAAUCGAGAGGUAUUACUAUGAAGAACACUUGCCUUUACAAAUAAAAAACCCGGGAGCUGUUGCCGGAAAUUGUCGAGCUCGAUCCGAAACAUCAUCGUCCCAUUCCAGUUCCUCCGCGAGUACUUUCGAAGAUAGGCCGAAUGACAAACACGAACGACAACCAUCAAGGGGAGAGAACUAUUCUCUAAUAAGUGGUAUUCGGCGGAUACGCCAAGCAGAACGCUUGUUAGAUAAGACUGUUGCUGUGUCGGACGGGAGUCGGCAGAACAGCAGGGAAAAGAAUUUAUUUGUCUUACGGGAUGAUAAAAACAGACGAUUGACUGGAAUGUUGAAUAUAAAAGAAAGAAUUAAAACAUUUCGCCAAUCAUCUUCUUUGACAAAGGAAAUCAAGGCUGCUCGUCAGCUCGGUGUAAUCAUGGGGGCGUUUACAUUGUGUUUUUUGCCCUAUUUUAUUUUAUUUUUAGUGGUUGCUUUCUGUGAUGAUUGUAUUGAUCCUGGACUCCUUACAGCGAUGACGUGGGUAGGCUACCUCAACUCGACGCUCAACCCCUUCCUCUACCCACUUUGUAACCAGAACUUCCGCCGGAAGUUCAGAAAGAUGUUACGAGUUUGUGGUCCGAGUUCUCCAAGGCGAGGAGCCGAGUGUUACGAUAGAAACAGUAUAACUAACGCCCGGUUUGACUAAUGAUUUGCCCGUUAGGUACAUUAACAUUUUAAUUCACACCCACAUGUAACGAACUCUAACGGACUUUUCAAAUCAGUUCAUUUUGUUAUACAGGUACUGGGUAUCGCAGGGGACUUCGGUUCAACUCGUUACUGUGAAACCUCGUUAACUCGAAUCUUUGGAAUCAUGGAAAAGUAAAGUUAACAGAUGUUCGAGACAGACGUACAACUGAUAUUAGCCCAUAUUUCCUACAUAAAACCAUAUAGCGCCGAUAUUAGAUCGGAAAGCGAUGAUAAUGAUUCUGUUUGGAUUCUGAAGUUCGAAUUAAAUGAUAUAUCGAUUUAUGUUCACGAGGUUUCAUUAUAUUCAGGAUAUCCGAUUGCCUGGAAAUACACAAAUUUUAAUCAUCAUUUCAUGGUUUAGGGAGUUUCUGAGUAUUUAAAUGAAAAUUGAAAGUAGAAUGUCUUAAGAUUAACACGUUAAAUGACGGAGAAUUUAUGGGAAACAUUCAUUGUAUUGGCCCAUAUAUUGUUUUUUUUUAUGAAUAUGCGACAAGUUAGGUUUUUCUUUCAAAAUUCUUCUUUCUCAUAUUCAUAUCAGCUGGCCCGUUAACACGUAGUGAAGAAUGUGUUCUAACGAAAUAAUCCCGUAAACAUCGAAUGUACAAAUAUCAAGAUGUGUUUUAUUCUGCUACUUGUUCCCCACAACGAGGAAAUCCCAUGUGAAAACAUCAUUGUUCAUGUUGAAUAUUCAUGUUUUCCUUCAGCUCAACAGAAUAAUCACUCAAUUGCAGUUUAACUGGACUAGAUCAUGUCAGUUUUUGCCCAGUUAUCUUUUCAUGUUGGAAUAACAGGCCGUUAAGUUUUCCUGUGAUAGAAAGACGCUGAAAUGCAGUUUAAAGCGAACAAUAUUGCCGAGGCGUGGUUGUUAUUCAAAUUGACUUGUUUCUUCCCUUGUUAAUCUUCCCAUAUCAUGCCAAAUUUACAUUUGUAAUUUAAUCAUCACUGCCGCUUGCUCAUGUAUCCGAAUUUUAACGUUAAGGUCAAAUCUUCUUU